AUGCCCACCCCCAUUUCAGGCCGGCAGUGCUCUGGAGAAGGCCAAGGACAAGAAGAGAAGGGGGAGGCCUCCCUGCCUGGUGCCCGCCACGUGCCUGAGACCCGUGUGAGUCCCAGUCCCCAGGGCGGCAGCCCCCAGUCCUGGCUGCAGGCGGGGCCUCCUCCCCCACCCUGGAGGGAAAGCAGAGUCGCCCUCCUCAAGAACGCCCUCGGAGCCCCUCGGCCACAUGUUCCCUACAAAAACUGCUGUGACAGCCCCGAGGACGAGGACAGUGGCUGCCGGCCGCCUCCGAGCUCAGGGACCCGGGGCCUUGUCACCUUCUGCAGCUGCCAGCCAUCCGGCAGGACCAGCGCCCUUGGUCUCAGCAGCAGCUGCCCAGCCAACUGCUUGGCAUUGGAAGAUGGCGUGCUCACGUCCAGGGAGCACCUGGAAAAGGCUAAGGCCCAGGAAGGAGCAGAUGGGCCUGGGGGGCUCUUAGCCGGGGGAGUGUUGAUGACCGUGUUGAGGUUCAACGAGGUUAAGGGCUGUGCCCAAGGUUGGCAGGGCGCAGGAGAGGUGCAGGGGGGCAUGCUUGAGGAGGGGCCCCCCCGAGAGCGGAUGGAGCUCGGGAGCCAGGGCAGCGUCGGCAGUUCAGCCCCUUACCUGAACCUCCCCCCCGCGCCCCCAUCAGAUGGCUGUAAUGAGGUGAGCACCCCUCGCGGGGAGCAGUGGUGUCCCUCAGUCGCACUCCAUCAAGAGCAGCCCCUUUGGACCAUUGCCCCAGGGAAAGACUCCCGGUGCGGCAAGCUGUGCCCCGGCGCCGACGCGCUGCAGCUGCACCUCAGCGCCCACUUCCGGGAGCGGGACGGCGGCCGGGCGCGGCUCCCGCCCGACGGCACGGUGCCCACCUGCCCGCUCUGCGGGAAGACCUUCUCGUGCACGUACACGCUGAAGAGGCACGAGCGCACGCACUCGGGCGAGAAGCCCUACACGUGCGUGCAGUGCGGCAAGAGCUUCCAGUACGCGCACAACCUGAGCCGCCACGCGGUGGUGCACACGCGCGAGAAGCCGCACGCCUGUCGCUGGUGCGAGCGCCGCUUCACGCAGUCCGGGGACCUCUACCGCCACGUCCGGAAAUUCCACUGUGGCCUGGUCAAGUCCCUGCUGGUGUGACUUGUGUCUGUGCGGCUUGAGAGGGGUGGUAGGGAGGGGGGAACCUCCCAGGUGGGGAUGGAGCCUGAGGGAUGGGAGCCCCGGGGUUGGGAAGGGGGUGGGGGCGUCCCGCGCUGUACCUCCCAGCCGGAAGGCCACAUCUGCCCCUGGCGGAGGGCUUCAGGCGGGGUGACUCAGAGUGGCUUAGGGAGCCCUCUUCCACGCCUCGCCCCCGGCCCCCAUUCUCCAGCUCACUUCUGCCCCCAGCUGUCCCCUGAUCUUAAACACUGUCUUCCUGUCCUCCUCCUCCAGCCAGGGUCCCCUCUGUCACCUCCGGGAGUCCCCGAAGAGCCCUGAGCUCAGGCCAGGCUCCUGGGCCCCUCCGAGGGCUCUCCCUACCACCCUCACUGGCACACCCUUGUGAGCCUGCAGCCACGCUCUGUAGAGGACGCACACCACUCAGAAGUAGUCAGCAUGUCCCCAAAAGGGCACUUGGACAGAACAGGCUGCCCCUGGCGGCUGGCAGCAGGAGCCUCUUCAGGAGGCCCCGGGCAUAGGGAGCACGGGCAGGGGACGUCAGGGCACAGCUGGUGCUGCAGGGCUGCAGAACCUGCUGGAAGCUGAGUGGCUUCCGGGUUCCAGGUGCUGGAGUGGGAGGUGAGCCCCCCCGAGCUGGUGACCCUGACCACACGGGAACUCUGGCAGAGAGGGGAAAUUGGAAUUUGGAAAUGAUUCUCUCUAGAUGCAGAAAGAGCCUCCUGAGGCUGCCAGCUGUUUCCCGUGGGCGAUGGGCCGUGCCGCUUCCCCGCCUGAACACAGGGGCCAGGGCGCCGCUAACAUCCCUUGGGUGCGGCGAGGAGGGAUGUGGGAAAGCAGGCGCCCGCCAGCAGCAUGACAGGCUGGCCCUGGGCUGCUGGGGGCCUCGCCCUGCAGUCACUGGUCUGCCUGCUCAGGGUCUCCCUGGAGCUGCCGGUCAUUUCUGGAGCAGCGAGCUGGGGGCCCGAAGCCAUUCUCUCUGACCGGGGGCAGUGUUUGCAGGGCCUGGGCAAAAGCUGCCUUCGGACAGAGAGGGCAUGGGGGAGGGCAAGCCCCUCCCUGACGGGCUGGGGUCAAGCCCCCCACUGUCGUCCAUGGCUCCUAGAAUGGGAAAGUCACCCCACGUUUCCUACCUACUCACUCAGCAAAUCUUGCUGCCAGAAUGUCCAUGCUCAUGGCAAGGGGAGAGGCCAGACGAGGCCUGCCACGCUUGUGGGGGGCCUGCAGGGGGCAGAGCCCCUGGACUCCUGCUGUCCGCCGACCGGAGGCACUGAGGACGGAGUCCGGCCAAGUUUAAGUUAUUCUCUCGUCUCCUGGCAACACUUGAUGUCCCAUUUACUCAUCCGCCUGGUCUGGGGUGAAAUGCCGGUGACCUUCACAGCAGGUGGGCCGGAGGGGCUGUCUCCCUGCCCACCAUGCAGUGCGGGGGGGGGGGCCUCCCCAUUAGUACGUGGGGCUCAGAAGCCCUGGACUGGCCGCAGGCUGAGGGAGGUGGGAAGGGGGACCCCCUGCUUGUGGGUGUCCCUGGUGGUACCUCACACUCGCUGUCAUGUACUCCACGAUCAGGCUUCCGUGUAUGUGUGUGUGUCUGUGUCUGUGUCUGUGUCUGAGCCGCACCCGUGGCCCCAGCCGGCAGCAGGGCUUCCACGGGGGAAGAAACUUACUUUCCUCCCUUGAGGUCUCAACACUGGAUUCAUUGUCUUCUGCAGACAGUUACUGUGAAGUUCAUGGGAAGAGAGACGGUUAGUUUUUUUUUUGGCACCAAUGUGAUUCGCAGUUCGGACAAAACCGCUACAUAUUCAACACCAAUUGUGCGGGAGCGUGGAUUAGAGGCGUGCGGGUGUGGCGCGAGGGGAGCCUGCCGGUGGCGGGGACCCUCUCGGGCUGGUCCAGCCUCCUCCCCACAGCCGUGUGCUGUUCCCCCCCUGGGUGGGCAGCUCCCGGUGACCAGAGGACAGUUGUUCAUGCUUAGCGUUUGGCGGGAGGUUUCGGUUGCGAGCACCCGGCUGUCUUCCCGUGUCCGCGUGGCCGGCUUAAUGAUGACAGUGGUAAUAAAGUCCGCCCCAGGUGGA